AAUAAUUCAAAUAAUUAAUCCUGAACUACCCUGCCAGUUAUAUCUGACCAGCUUCCCGGUGCUUCGUUCCUUCUGCCUUAUUAUUAAUGCACUGUCACCCCCGAGCACAGCUUCUUUAUACUUUGUUCGUUCCUCCCUCCCUAUACUUCUCUCUCAGCCCUACCAUUCUCCUUGCGUCAACCACCACCCACCCCCUACAUCCCUCUCCAAUUCCCUCCCAAGGCUGGUCCAACCCCGGAUACACACUGGACGUUCAUCGUGUGGAUCCCAUAUCCUCGGUUGACAGCUCCGUUUGACUCGAACAGAGAUCAGGAAACAGGCGGGAGCUUCGCUCAUUCCCUCGGGUUUGGCAGCGACGUUACGUCACGAUUCGAUAAAGCUUCGAAGCUCCUGCUGACUCGUUUCUCAUCUCUUUCUUUUAUUUUCCUUUCCGUAACAAGCGCACUCCUCUUCGUUUCUCGGAGUAGUACAUAAUUCCAAUCUCGAGAGCUUUGCGAUUCGUCUCCCUUGAGCCCAAUGCGGCUGUUAGCUUCCCGCGCUGCCUACGCGGCAAUUUUUCUCGCGUGCCUGGCGACAGCAGUUCCUCAUGGAGAUGACGAGCAUUCAGAUAUGGGUAUGAGUAUGGAUAUGAGUUCCGGUGCUUCCGCAACGCCAUCGCCAACGGUACAGGCCAAUAGCGAGGGUCCCAUGAGCUACUUUGCGUAUGGGAAGCACUCGGGUGCUAUCAUGGCGCACAUUGCCCUGAUGAUGCUUGGUUGGUGUAUUGUUCUGCCAGCAGCUGUCAUGCUUAGCAUUGGACGCUCGCGACUUGCGCUGCCGGCGCAGUUCCUCUUCUUGCUGGUCAAUGCAUUCGGUCUGUUGCUCGGCAUCGUCUACAACAGCCAGACUCCCGAUCUGUACGAGAACAAUGCGCACCACAAGAUUGGCUGGAUCGCGACGUGGGUGAUCAGCGCGCAGAUCAUCCUAGCUCUGAUCUUUGCUUAUGCGGGCCGCGGCGAGUCAAAAGCAGACCAGCUCUCUUAUGAGCAUGCUUCGUUCUUGCCCGUCGCGACGGACGAGCAUGAGCACACGUUCCCGACGGGCCCGAUGCACGAGUACCGCUGGUCCAGGGACAGUGGCCAAGGUACUGAGCCAAACUCGCCUAACCACAGCCCCGGAUCGCUCUCUUUCGAGUCACCUUCUGAAUGUGAUGGCUUUGAGAAGCCGGAGGAGGACCUUCCGGCACAGCCGGCCGCACCGCGCGGGUGGUUGCACAGCACUUUUGUGGACCGUUUCCUGUCGAAUCGCGUUCCGGGAAUGGUCUCCAACCGCGUACUGCGCAUCUUCAAUGGGGUGUACAAUGUUAUUGAUCGCAUUAUUCUGCCAUUCGGGUUCGUUGCUAUCGCGACUGGUGCGGUGACCUAUGGCGGUAUCAUGCGGGAGCGCGAGAUCUUCAACGGUCUGGCUCACUUCAUCAAGGGUGGCAUCUUCUUCUGGUAUGGUGUCCUGACCUUGGGCCGGUACGUGGGAUGCUGGGCAGAUCUGGGCUGGGCGUGGAACAAGAAGCCUCCUGCGUCUGUCGUGGGCUGGAAGGCCAAGGUUCCCACUGGCGAGUUCACUGAGUCCUUUGUGAUCUGGUUGUAUGGUGUCACCAAUGUGUUCCUGGAGCACUUGUCUAAUACUGGUCGUGCCUGGUCUGCGACUGAUCUGGAGCACGUGUCUAUCUCCGUGAUGUUCUUUGGUGGUGGCUUGGCUGGUAUGCUCUUUGAAUCCUCGCGUAUUCGUCAAACUCUCAACAACACCAUCCUUCGAUCCCCCGCACACAACACCCGCGAUGAGCACUGGCAGGUACCCAGAUCGCAGGGCGUGUCUCUCAACCCGAUGCCGGCUCUGAUCAUCCUGCUACUCGGUAUGAUGAUGGGUUCGCACCACCAGACCAGCAUGACUUCGACCAUGGUGCACAAGCAGUGGGGCAACAUGCUGGUGGGCUUCGCGCUGGCCCGCGGCAUGACUUAUGUCCUGAUGUUCCUGCGCCCACCGACCUCAUACCUGCCUGCUCGUCCACCAACUGAGAUUGUGGCGGCAUUCUGUCUGAUGGCGGGUGGUCUGGUGUUCAUGCUGAGCACGCGCAAUGUGAUCGAGACCAUGGAGUACUAUGACGUGGAUGCGAUGUUCACCUUUACCGUGGCCAUGGGUUUCACUGCAUUCGUCAUGGCCCUGGAGAUCAUGUUCAUCGCCUUGAAGGCGUGGGCUGUGAAGCGCGAGCACCGUCCUCAGCUGGGAUACCGCUUCCCGUGAAAUCCUGAAUGCUCACACACGGCGCAAUUGCUGUUAUUAUGAUUUAUUUAUUCCUUUGAUACCCCUGUACACCUCGGGAGAUGCAUUUGAUUUUGAUAUGGAUAUUAUGUGGACGUUGGACUGAAUGUGGAUGCAAAUUUCUUAUUGUAAUGACUGUCAAGUGGGAUGGAUCGUGAGGGUGGUGUCUCCCUCGUGCGAUCAAUCUCCUUGACGAAAGGGGAAAAGAUGGUCGGAACAUUUCCGACACUAAUGAUCGGAAUGAAUGCUUAUGGACUUAAUGAGGCUGAAAUACCUGGACCAAUGACUGGUGGAAUUCAUAGUUAGUUGGUCCAUCUUUCGCAGAUAUUUCAUAUGGCUGCAGAAGACGGUGAUGUAUUGGAAUUGAAUGUAUGGUGCAGAUAUGCCAUGACACCAUUUUAAACCUUGAACAGUUGAAUGUACUCGGUAUCGACCAUAGUAACUGAUAAUGUUCAUAAUAGGGAAG